AUGUCCUUUCAACGUUCCAUGGAGUUCAUCUUGUUUCGGCCUUUCAUGCAGCAAGACAGCUCGACAUGCUGCCAUCGCAUCCUUUCUCUCGCUGAUGUCAUCGGCAAGCAGAUGAUCCUGCACAAGCUUCAGGGUAGAGACCUCGCCAAGAUUUGUCAGGUUUCAGCCAACGCGAGUCGCUUGUCUUGGUGUGCUUUUGACAAUCGCGCUUUCAGCAAGAUUGAUGGAGCCAGCCGGCUAGGUUACAAGGAUCCUGUCCUCUUCCAAGAGUUCGAAAACAAAAUUCUAGGUGACGACACGAUGCUGUUAGUGACACCCGAGGAAGCAAAGACGAUCGUUAAGGCAUUCGCAUCGCUCGACAUGUUGUCUGGGAAGCUUCACAACGCAUUGCAAACCAAGUCAGCAGCUGCAAGCAUGGAGAGUUCGCCCAUGCAGGAAUGA